AAUGCAUGUCCGUGCAGUCCUAAGCAAUACAGCUAGCCUCGCUCUACUUGGCGCCAUUGUGCCGGCUGCAGCAGACAUAUGUUCAAACAUAAAAACCGCGUCCAGCUCGAGCGAUAUUCUGUCCGAACCUCUUUCUCUCGCCUACGAGACCGAGAUUCAAAACUACUGGUCCGCCGCCUGCUCUGGCUUGCGUCCGACAUGUAUGGUCUUUCCGACAAGUGCCGAGGAAGUCUCAGACAUAAUCCAGGCACUUCAACAAACAGAUGAUUUAUUUGCUGUCAAAUCUGGUGGGCAUAUGCCCAACAAUGGAUUCUCCAGCAUCCAGGGCGGCUUGCUGCUUUCAACCAAGAAUUUAAAUAAUAUUGUGGCAUACGACGCAGACACACAGACAGCAAAGAUCGGCCCAGGUUUGACCUGGGCUCAAGCACAACAAGGCUUGGAAGGGACGGGUAUGACUGUUGUUGGUGGCCGAUUGGGCGGCGUGGGCAUUGGAGGUUAUAUCCUUGGAGCCGGUCUCAGCUUUUUGAGUGCACAAUAUGGAUGGGCAGCAAAUAAUGUUGUUGAUUUAGAAGUCGUCCUUGCCAAUGGAACAAUUGUGCAUGCUAAUGACUUCGAGAAUGAAGAUCUUUUUGCGGCACUGAAAGGUGGCGGUAGCAGUUUCGGCAUCGUGACUCAGUAUACUUUAAAAACCUACCCAAUCGCUGACAAGGUAUGGGGAGGCGUCAUAACUUUUGGUCAAGACAAAACUCCCCAGGUACUCGAGGCCAUUCGGAAUUUUGUAGAAUACUACCCCGACGACAAGGCCGCGAUUAUUCCUACAUGUGAACACACAGCUCUUUUCACUUCUUGGUUUGUAUUUUUCUUCUAUGAUGGCGAAACUGCUCCGGCAGGUGUAUUCGAUAAUUUUACAGAUAUCGGCUCGUUGACGAGCACCGUUCAAACUUGGGACAGUUAUUACGAUUUACUCCAAAGUAAUGACGAGUAUGAUUUGCACGGCCAACGAUACGCCAUUGCAACCGAAACAACUCCCCUUCCAAGCGCAGAAUUUGGUACAGAAGUCUUGACGAAUAUUUGGGAGACCUUUUAUAAUAUUACUUCCGAGGUCAUCCUUGACACUGGAAUGAUCGGCACAAUUGCCAUGCAACCUAUGUCUCGCACAAUAACGAGCAAAGCGAAAGCGCUCGGAGGAGAUUUACUUGAUUUCCCCGAUACAACAGACUACAUCAUUUUUGAAUUGGAUAUUUCCCACUCUCUUUCACUAGACGACGAUACCACUGAGGCUGCCAUUGAAUCCCUAUAUACAUCAUUGGGAAAUGUUGUGGAAAAUUAUAUCCGAGAAGGCAAGCUACCAGAUGUGUACCGGCCAUUGUUCAUGAAUGAUGCCCACGGUACACAGGACUACUGGGGCCGUAUUGCGCCGUCAUCACGGGCCUUCGCCAAGCAGGUUCGGGAGAAGUAUGACCCAGAAUUGUUUUGGCAGAAGAGGACCAGUGGAGGUUUUAGACUGGGUUAAUCGAUAUAACCGAGUGCCAGAAGACUUAGUGAGGUUGAAAUAAAACAUAUAAGUAGUAUUAAGUAUAUGUGGAAAGGGG